UGGUGCCUUUUGUUCCCUGGCGUGUCGAGUGUACAAGAAGCUCUUCGCGUGAAGUUCCGAAGCAGAGAUAAUUUUAGAUUGUUUGGUGCAUAAAAUGGAUUUUAUUACUCCCCUUUCGUUUCUGCUGGUGUUGAAUUUCUUCUGCGCGUCUCACGCAAUAGAGGGACGAGGAUUUGCUGGAAAUUUGGACCCUGAAAACACACAGCAAGUGGUUUUGGAUGAGGCCGCCAUUGUCACCCUCAAAAGUGAUCUAACCACCGUCUUUAUCCCAAUCCUGUACAUCAUUGUGUUUGCCUUGGGACUCCCAGCAAAUCUAAUGGCUAUAUAUGUGUUUCUGAUUCGAGUUAAAAAGAAGCAUCCAUCAUCAAUCUACAUGGCCAAUUUGGCCCUGGCUGACCUCUUGUUUGUUAUCUGGAUUCCUCUGAAGAUAGCAUACCACUUCAAUGGAAAUAACUGGAUCUAUGGAGAACCUCUUUGUAAAGUUUUAGUGGGCUUUUUCUAUGGCAAUAUGUACUGUUCAAUUCUUUUUAUUGCCUGCCUCAGUGUGCAGAGGUACUGGGUUGUGGCUCAUCCACUGUCCCAUCAAAGAAAGAAUAACAAGGUGGCUAUAGGUGUCUGUGUGGCCAUUUGGGCCUUCAUUUGGCUUACCACAACUCCACUAUACUUGUAUGACCAGACUGCCAAGAUCAAAGACCCCAACAUUACCACGUGUCAUGACGUGAACAUCAUUAAGGACCCUCUGAAUCCAUUUCCUUCAGUCCAGCUGCCUUUCUAUUAUUUCAUCUUUAUGGGAUUGGUGGUUUUCCUGGUCCCCUGUGUAGUUAUAAUAGUGGCUUACAUCUUGUUGCUCAGAGCUUUAGGAAACAGUAUGGAGGACAGCACAGCUGCCAAGAACCGCCAUAAAGCUGUAGUGUUGAUAGUGGUUGUAAUGGUCACUUUUGUGGUGUGUUUUAUCCCCAGUAACAUCAUGCUUGUGGUGCAUUACUCACUGUUAAAAGAUGGACUGCCCAACAAUGGCUACAGCUUUUACAUCUCAACAUUAUGUCUGGCCAGCCUCAACAGCUGCCUGGACCCCUUCAUUUACUACUUUGUGUCUGAGGACUUCAGAAACCAUGUAAAGAACACAUUCUUGUGUCGCAGUAGUAGGACUGUGGAGCGGAUGAGAGUGUCUUUUAGUUCAAUGAAAUACUCAAGAAAGACUAAGUCAUAUGUGUCUGACUCAGGGACCACUCAGACAAGCUCAUGUUAGAGCAACGUGCACAGGGAAAUGUGAGGACACUGAUCAUUAUCUAGCUAUGGAGACAGGCCUAGAGCUUGGUCCACUAAUGAAUAACCUCAUUAUAAUGGAUUGCCAAAGAUGAACUUUAUUUGUCAGCAUGGACUAUGUGCAUGUACUUUGUUUUCAAUGUGAACAUAUUUGUUAUAUUUAAUGCACAUGAAGCCUGUUACAUUAUUUUGUUGCCUUUUAAGACUGAUAACUGUUGCACUGGAUACAUACAGUUGGAAUUUUCAAUCUGUUUAAAUGCUUAAUACUUUCAUAAAUAAAUGAUGAAGUUUG